UAAUUUACUUUCUUUCUUUGUUUUACCCAUUUUAAUAUCUAUCACUAACAACUUUGGCUCAUUAUGGGGUUGUUUUCAUUCUUAACCACACUUAUUUCAAUCGUUUAUCCAGUUAUAGCUUCUUAUAAAGCUUUUGACAAUUAUUUGGAACUUUCAAAAUCAAUUGAUAAUUCAACUAUUAAAGUCGCUGGUAUAUCUAUCCCUUUACCUUUGAAUUUCCUCUUAACCACAAACUCAUCCAUCACUACUACAACUACCACCACAAGUGGUUCUACUACUACAACAACUUCAUCUCCUGAUAAGAGUGAAUCUCAUGAAUCUUUACAAAAUACUCUUGUCACUAUUCAAAAGUGGUUGAUUUAUUGGAUUGUGUUUGGGACUGUUCAAUUUGCAGAAUCAUUCUUGUUCUUUAAAUGGAUUGUUCCAUUUUAUAGUACUUUAAAAUUGGCAUUCUCAAUAUGGUUAAUCUUACCUAUGGUUAAAUCCUCAUUUGAAAAACGUCAACAAGCUUUAACUACUGCCAAAGAUUUCACUAUUACUGAUGAUUGGAUUAAAUUUACUCAAUCAGGGUCAGGAUUUAUAUUCUUUAAUUAUAUUCAACCAGUUUUAGGAGGUCAAUUUGAUAAUAUUCAAAAGUUUGCUGAUAAAGGGAUAAUGCAUUAUAUUUUGGAGAAUAAUCCUGCUAUUCCAAUUCCAUCAGGUUCUUCCCUGACUAAUACCAAUGGACAAUCUACAACUUCUACUACAACUUCAUCGUUUUCUCCUUCAUCUGCAAAUCAAGAAUCUUUCGGUGCUGUCUUGGAUAAUUCCUAUGUGAUGGUUAUGAAUAUCAAGAAUAGAUUUGGGUAUGGUAACGAAGAUGAUGCAAAAUCCAUAGUUGAGGAAAUUGACUCAGUUAAGAGUGCAACUACAACCGAAACUACUGGUACCCUUCCUUCAAAGAAGAAAGGUUGGAUCUGGUAAUAAUUAGAAGGUUUUUUUAUGUGUUAUUUUAUAUCUUUUUAGUUCAUUAAUUUUUUUGUUGGUAAUUUUGGUUUCUGGAGGGAACUCUAUAUUAGAGUCCGGCUACAUUUGUGUUGAGUUCAUUGUUUCUUUCUUUUUAUUUCCCAGUUUAUGUCCUUUUAUUUUAUUUUAUUUUAUGUUAUGUUAUUUUCAUUUACUUCAUUUUUUAUACCCUCUCCAUUAAGCUAUCAUUCAAUAUUAUUAUUAUUAUUCAGUUUAAGUACAAUUUUACAAGUUCUAUUCUUUUUAUUAGUUAUUUUAAUAAUAUUAUAUUAUACUAUUUAUAUUUAUA